AUGAGCGGUGGCAGCGGCAGCGGCAUCGGCGACAAAAGGGAGAGAAGCGCUGAAGAUACAGAACACACAGAAUCAACAGACUCAGCCAAUUUCAAGCAGAUAAAGAGGCAGCAGAAGAAACAUAAGAAAUCUCAUGCAGCUGCAACGACAACCAAUAAACCAACAAUGUCUUUCGAUUUGAAUCAGAUUAACAGAAGAAACAACAGAUACGCUAUUCACGACAUAAGGGAUUUAAUAUUGCACCUUUCUGCAGAUGGACAAAAGAAGAAUUGGAUGAAUGUCAGUAAUCACUCAAAUAUUCAACAUACUGUUGUUAUUAUGAUUCCUGGUAUCACUUUCUCUUGCUUAGGUAUCGAUAACCCACAGCUUAACGCUCCCCAGCCUUUCCCUUUAUCCCCCUCUAAUCCCUCUGAAAAUUUGCUUCCUAUCAUCAACUCCCUAUACUCUCACGCUUUACCCGUGAGAGCUCCAGGUGACGCUCAGCGCCUUUACUCCCCCGCUCAGCACAUCCUCAACUCCCCAAUUCCUCCUCCCGAGAAAGCCAGACAACAAAAACUUGCUCAGGAAAAAGCCGGUGUUAACCUCCCAAACCCUGGAAAACUUUCACCACCCGCUUUCCUCAUCGACAUUAACCAUAUGCGCGAAAACGCUUAUCCUAUCCCAUCCUGGAUUGGUGAUGACGUCAAAUCUUUACCAGAGUACCCGUUACCACUCAACGACGGCGUUGAUGAUUCUGAUCAUCUAGAAAAUCUGUCUCAAUUUCAGCGCACUUGUAUUCAAGAUGAUGGUUGGCUAGAAACUCCGAAACUUGAAGUCUACCCUCGUCUCAACAACCCACGCGUUUACGGUUUGGAUUGUGAGAUGGUUAUGACUGAUCAGGGGUCUGAGUUGGCCAGGGUAACUCUCAUCGACUACGCGUCUUCUGAAAAAGUUCUUGACGAGCUCGUUAAGCCUUCUGGCAACGUUGUCGACUACCUCUCCAAAUACUCUGGACUUACUAAGGACAUUCUCGAUGGUGCAACUCUCGACCACAAACAGGCUCAGCAAAAGGUCGCUGAUUGGAUCACACCUUCCACCAUUCUCAUUGGUCACUCCCUCGAAUCUGAUUUUAAGGCUUUGAAACUCCGUCAUCCUUGGGUGAUAGAUACCGCACUAGUGUAUGAGCAUCCACGCAGAAUGCCUUUCAAGCCAUCAUUGAAGUGGUUAAUGAAAAAGUGGUGUGAUAAGGAUAUCCAGAGCGGUACUGAUGGUCACGACCCCGAAGAAGACGCCAAGAGUUGCCUUGAGCUUCUCAGGAAGAAACUACAGUAUGGACGAAACUUUGGUAGUCUGCCUAAUGAGAUGGAAUCUAUCUUUACCAGAAUCGCACGCGUAAAGCAGUCUCAUCUUACUAAUACAGACGAGCCUAACAAGGUCGGAGCCUGUGUUGAUUAUGGCAACCCUGGUCAAUUUCAUGGUAUGAAAGCAAAGACAAGUAUAUCGUGCAAGAACGAUGAUGAGAUAAUAGAUGGUGUUAUAAAAACAUCUCAAGAUCACGAUCUCGUUUAUGGCAGACUCACUGAACUGCAGGUGGCACUAGGUUGGAGUAAUUCACCAAAUGAGAGCGCCAAUUCAGUACAAACAGCACCUAUUGAAUCAGCUUAUGCUGCGCUUAACAACCGUAUUGAGAAAUUACAUCAACAUCUUCCACAAAACACUGCAUUGGUUCUUAUCUCCCCACACUCAGAUCCACGCCCUUCACUCGACCUGAAUCGGCGCAGAUUAGCUUACCAGGAGGCAUACAAAGCAGCUAAUGCCGACGCUAGCAAAAUUGACCAAGACAAGAUAUUUAUGAGAGAGGACGACGAGAAGUUGCUUCACGAAGCUGAAAUUGCAAAGGCUGGUAUGACCUUUUUCCGUAUCAAGUGA